AACGCGAUCCCCCCGAAAACCUCCCGAGCCCACUACAAACGAAGAGCUCGGCGGUCUCGAAUUCGGCCCGCCGAGUGGGCCCCGCGGCCUUGACUUAUCCCCGCUUUCUCUCUCCUCAUCCGACCGCCCGUUGACUCUGACCGCCCCUGCCCACCUACGCCGCCGCCGCCGGCGAGGCCGGAGCGCCCGGGAGCUGCCCACCGCCCCCUGGGACGACACCCCCCGCGGCCGUAUCGCCGCAGGGGAGAGCUAGGUGAAUGCUACCAGCAUGAUGACUCAAACCAUGCAAGGGAAAGUUAUGCCCUCCUAUGCGCCGAGCAGCUUUUCUAUCCGGCAACAGAUGUCACCGGGCGAUUUUGAAAUGCUUCAGCCGGAUAACAUGGAUCAAUCUACCUCUCCGAUUCGUGGCAUUAUCAUUCAGAAAAUUGCAAGUUGCCUGAAAAUGAGGGAACAAUUUGCUAAGUGCAGCCCAGAUUACCUUCUGAAAAUCUCGAGAAACAUUGACGAAUUACUUUUCAAAAGUGCUCCAAAGGUACAUUACAUGGAUCUCAGCACUCUAGAAGUCCGUGUGAAUUAUUUGCUCAGUUCUGUAUCAUAUAGAAGCCACAAAGAUCCUUGGAUAUCUUCAGCAGCUUCACCGCCCACAAAUUUACAUCAGCUGCCUGGGAUGCAGAUGACAGACUCUAGUGUCUAUCAUAAUAGAUUUGACCCUGCUUUUACUAAUUUGCCUGCACGUGCAAGAGACAUGCAUACACAUUCUAUGUUCGCUUCUCAGAGAUAUGUAGCAUAUAAUCACAAUGUGUCAGCUGCUAAUUUUGCUACUGAAAGGCCCGAAAGCUUUAGGAGCACCAUAGUUGCUCCAUGUGUUUCAGCACUUCCUAAUUGUAGUUCUGGCCUUGGUGGGAUUGCUAGUGCUGGAUUGCCAAAUGACCAUGUCAAGAACCAUUUUCCAGGGGAUGCUCAUCCUGUUGAGAGUCCAAUAUCAUUUAUGUCUGGGAGUUCCAGUCCUUUAUCAGCCGUGUGUGAUCCAACCACAAGUUCCAGUCCAUUGAUAAGAUCAUCGAUGGACUCUAUCUCUAAAGCCAGUGGACAAAAACUUUCUGCUGGUUCUGAUUCCACCAGUGAGGGACAAUCAUUGCAACAGUACAGAGAAUACGAGAAAAAGCUAGAUGGUGCAUGGAGCCAGCCAGUAGAGCACUCAAUUCACUCAGAUAGCACAACUGAAAGACAUGAAAUGUAUCCCAAGGGACAAUUUCAACUUGACAGAUGUGUGCAAAUGAAAGAAAAAUAUUGGUGCAUGUCGGACUGUGAAGAUUUGUGCAGGGAGAAAUACUCAAGUUUAAGCACCCCCAAUGCCCAGUACCAGUGCUGCUUCAUAACAGGUUGUGAUCCUUCUGACCCUGAGAGAGAGCAAAUUGAGAGAUCUGAGCAGACAUCAACUAGCACAGUAUCAAAGCCAACUUCACCUGUUUCAGAUGAAUCUUAUGGUAAGCGUCCAGCAAAACGCCUGAAGGCUGAUGUUCCCAAUCUUGUUGAUGUGAAUCAAGUAGAGAGUCCAAAGGAGCAAAAGCCUCUUGUGAAUGAGAGUCAUGCAUGUGGUCAAACAGUACAACAAGAAAUCACAGAAUCACCUACAAAAUUACCUUGCAGUUCCUUGGGUGACAUUAAUGCUGACACCGAUAAUAUGCUAGAACAGGGUAGUGAAGAUGUACAUAACAUGGAGAUUGCUACAGAAGAAUUGCCCUGUGUAAAGGGUGACAUUGAGAUGACGGCUGCAUUGGAUAAGACAGCAAGUGGGAUCGAUUUAAGUUUGAGGAGAAAAAGAGGAGCUUCUAUACUUUACACGUUAACUGCUGAGGAGCUUAGAGAUCACAUUAGUAGUCUAAUAAAUCAGCAUACUUGUCUGGGCAAGGUGACAUAUCAAGAAAUCCAAAACAAUGAAGUCUUGCCUGAUCCGAAUAAAUGCAGUUUGUGUGGGAUGGAGAAGCUUCUUUUUGAACCACCUCCACGAUUUUGUGCUCUCUGUUCCAAAAUAAUAAAUUCUACAGGCUGCUAUUAUGCUGAAGUUGAAAAUGGAAAGGAUAAAACUUCUAUUUGUAGCAAAUGCCACCAUCUAAGCAGUUCCAGAGCUAAAUAUGUUAAGAAAUCCGAUUAUGCUGAAACAGAUGCUGAAGCUGAGUGGUGGGUCCAGUGCGACAAGUGCAAAGCUUGGCAGCAUGAAAUCUGUGGUCUUUUCAACAGAAAAUGUGAAGGGGCGAAGGGUGAAUAUACUUGUGCAAAAUGUUUUUUGAAGGAAAAGGACAGUGGAGACAUUCAUGCACUAGAGGCAUCCAGUGUUCUUGGAGCACGGGAGUUACAAAGAACUAAAUUAAGUGAUCAUAUUGAGCAAAGGCUUUCUGAAAGGCUUGAGCAGGACAGGCAACAGAGGGCAAGCGCCUUAGGAAAGGCUGCUGAAGAGGUACCACGAGUUGAAGGUCUUACAGUUAGAGUAGUAUCUUCAACUGACAGAAUACUGCAAGUCCAACCACGUUUUCAUGAAUUUUUUAAACAAGAAAAGUAUCCUGGGGAAUUUCCAUACAAAUCAAAGGCAAUUCUCUUGUUUCAAAAGAUUGAAGGUGUGGAUGUUUGCCUGUUCGCCAUGUACGUACAAGAGUACGGUUCAGAUUGCCCAUCACCAAAUCAAAGGCAUGUUUAUCUUGCAUAUAUCGACUCUGUCAAGUACUUCAGGCCUGAAAUCAAAUCUACAAGUGGGGAGGCUCUCCGUACCUUUGUGUAUCAUGAAAUUUUGAUCGGUUAUCUGGAUUACUGCAAGAAACGAGGGUUUGUGAGUUGUUCCAUAUGGGCUUGCCCAUCUACAAAGCGUGAUGAUUAUGUUUUAUAUUGUCAUCCAACAGUACAAAAGAUGCCCAAGUCGGACAAGCUUCGAAGCUGGUAUCAGAACUUGAUCAAGAAAGCUGUCAAGGAGGGUGUUGUCGUGGAGCGUAGUACGCUCUCUGACUUUUUCCUUCAGCCUACCAAUGAAUGCAAGGCCAAUAUAUCCGCAGCAUGCCUGCCAUACUGUGAGAAUGAUUUCUGGCCUGGAGAAGUGGAGAGGCUUCUUGAGAAGAAAGAUGAUAAAACCUCACAGAAGCAAGAGACACAAGUAGGAAGGCUCUUACGUGUUGCCAAACGUGAUGACAGAAAAGGAAACCUUGAGGAUAUUUUACUUCUGCACAAGCUUGGUGAAAGGUUGCGCUCCAUGAAAGAAGACUUCAUGAUGCUUUGUCUGCAGCAGUUUUGCAAGCACUGUCACAAACCUAUUAUAUCUGGUAGAAGUUGGGUUUGCACUAGCUGUAAAAAUUUCCAUCUUUGUGACAAGUGUCAUGCGGAGGAGCAGAAUACGGCACAGAAGGACAGGCAUCCAGCGACAACGAAACAGAAGCAUGCAUUUCAAAGAAUAGAGGUAGAACCUCUUCCAGAGACUGAGGAUGGAGAUCCAACAAUGGAAAGCAAAUAUUUUGACAGCAGAAUAGAUUUCUUGAAGCACUGUCAAGACAAUCAAUUCCAAUUUGAUACCCUCCGUCGGGCAAAGCAUUCGACAAUGAUGAUUCUUUAUUAUCUACAUAAUUCAACUUGUUCUGCUUGCCACCAUGCUGUGGAUCAAUGCUUGGUGUGGCGGUGCCUAGAGUGCCUAGGCUGCACGUUUUGUGAUACAUGCUACAAACAAAAUGGUGAAAGUUUGCAUAUUCAUGAAUUAAGAAAGAUUGACACUGGCAAGAAGAAUACUAUGCAGGACUACAUUGAAUGCCUUGUGCAUGCAUCGAGAUGCUUCGAUCCUCGUAGCUGCACUCUUCAAGUUUGUUUAACCUUGAAGAAACUGUUCUUCCACGGUGUACGAUGUGAGAUCCGUGCCCGCAAUCAGGCAGGUUGCAACAAGUGUGUUAAAAUGUGGAAACUUCUGCUCCACCACUCAAAAGGUUGCGAUGAAACAGACUGUAUGGUUCCCAGAUGCAGGGAUAUAAAGGAAUACAUGGUUGAAAAGAUGAAGGUAGCUGAGUCCUGUGUUGUAGCAGGCCAGCAGCUUCUUGUAUAAACUAGCGUUGGAUUGUUUCCCUCCUUAACCAGUAAAAUUUGUUGAUGAAAAUGCAAUAAACUGUGGUUGGCUGUCUCUGAUGGAUGGAACUGCAAGGUAGAUAAAGUGGUGACCUGGUGCUGCUGGUGAGGUGGGGCUUCACCAGAGUUACUCAUCCGCUGGUUUUCCUAGCAUUGGCAGAAGAAAGUCAGGCUAGUGCGCGGAGCUUCUGCAAUCUGUGUAUAUGCCUGAUUUAAUCAUGUCAUUGAGGGAGUUACUGACGGGAGCUUACAUAGGCAAUCUGACAUUUGUUUUAGUGUUUCGUACAUACCAUGUACAUAUAUAGUCAGUCUAUUCUCUUGCGAAGUUGCAACUCAACUAUAGCUCAUAGGUUGGUCAACAGGAUAGAUGGUUCCGUUUCUUCAUUAACUAUCAGUUUUGCUCCAGACUGUACUGAACAAGGCCACAUUUUUGUCCAGUGUUGCUGUGCUGUGGCGACAAAUCCAAAUUCAUUGAAUGGAUGUGUAUAUUUUACCCCU